AUGUUUAAGAACAAGGGUUUAGCUGAACAAGAUGUAAGUAAACUUGAUGUAAGUUUACUCCAUCCUCUGUCUCCUGAGGUCAUCUCUCGCCAAGCAACCAUAAACAUAGGAACCAUUGGUCAUGUCGCACACGGCAAGUCAACUAUUGUCAAAGCUAUUUCUGGUGUGCAGACUGUUCGUUUCAAGAAUGAAAUGGAGCGUAACAUUACCAUUAAACUUGGAUAUGCAAAUGCAAAGAUUUACAAAUGUGAGGAUGAUAAGUGCCCUAGACCAAUGUGCUACAAGUCUUACGGGAGUGGAAAAGAAGACAAACCGGAUUGUGAUGUUCCUGGAUUUGAGAAAUGCAAGAUGAAACUACUGAGGCAUGUCUCUUUUGUCGAUUGUCCGGGACAUGAUCUUCUGAUGGCGACUAUGCUUAAUGGAGCAGCUAUAAUGGAUGGUGCUCUACUUCUAAUCGCUGCGAAUGAGACUUGUCCGCAACCACAAACAGCUGAACAUCUUGCUUCUGUCGAUAUGAUGCACCUUAAGCAUAUCAUUAUCGUUCAGAACAAAGUUGAUCUCAUUCAAGAAAGCGCUGCAGUGAAACAACACGAGGACAUUCAGAAAUUCGUAAUGAGCACAAAUGCAGAGGGUGCUCCUAUAGUUCCUAUCUCUGCGCAACUGAAAUACAACAUCGAUGCUUUGUGCGAGUAUAUUGUCAAGAAGAUUCCAAUUCCUAAGAGGGAUUUUGUGUCACCGCCAAAGAUGAUAAUCGUGCGUUCAUUUGAUGUCAAUAAACCUGGCUCCGCGGUUGAUGAUGUUAAAGGUGGAGUGGCUGGUGGUAGUAUCCUCCGGGGUGUUUUGAAAGUAAACCAAUUUAUCGAGAUUCGACCUGGUAUCGUUGGCAAAGAUGAGGAUGGAAACCAUAAAUGUACUCCCAUUUACUCGCGAAUCACUUCGUUGUUUGCGGAACAGAACGAGCUUCAGUUUGCUGUCCCGGGAGGUCUGAUCGGGGUCGGGACAACGAUGGAUCCUACGCUAACGCGUGCUGACAGGUUGGUCGGUCAAGUCCUUGGUGAAAUGGGUUCUCUCCCUGAGGUGUAUGCUGAGCUUGAAGUGAGUUUCCAGCUUCUGACGCGUCUCAUUGGAGUUAAGACAAAGGAAACAGAGAGGCAAAUGAAAGUGUCAAAGCUAAGCAAAGGAGAGAUACUGAUGUUGAACAUUGGUUCGACGUCGACAGGAGCCAAGGUUAUUGGAUUGAAUAAAGAUAUGAUUAAAGUGCAAUUGACGGUUCCUGUUUGCACCACCAUAGGAGAAAAGGUGGCUCUAAGCCGCCGUGUCGAAAGGCAUUGGCGUUUGAUCGGUUGUGGUCAGAUUGAGGCAGGAACCACCAUUCUCAUGCCCCCUCCUCCUAGUCUCUGA